AUGUUCAUAUUCGCUCUUGCAUGCACAUCCGGGUUGUUUGGUCAGGUUGUUACGUGUAUAUACGGUCUUACAUGCCCAUCCGGGUUGUUUGGUCAGGUUGUUACGUGUAUAUACGGUCUUACAUGCACAUCCAGGUUGUUAGGGUACAUAAAUCAUGCUAAGACCUCAGAGGAAACGACUCCUCCGGAAACUGUUGGUUAUAGCACUACGAAUUACAUCAUCGAAAUAUAUCAAGCGAAGACCGAGGAAACAAAUGGAUACAUGCGCGCCAAAGAAUUGCAUAAACGAUGUAACAUACGUGGAUAUGAUUAUAACCAAGACAAUGUUCGACUAAACUUAAAAUACUCAACGGCUGAUGGUAGCAUUCAAUUAUGUCCGAUUUGGAAGGCGGGGACUACAUUUCUCAAGAGGCUCUUCAUGAUGAAAACACAGAAACGAUUCCACAAUGUAACCAAUCCUUACAGCAUAAGUUUCUCGGAAAAAUUUGACGGUGAAAUGGGAAAUGUAUAUAAUGGAAACACAUCUAAAAAGUUUUUAUUUGUCAGAAACCCUUACGAUCGUCUGCUAUCGGGCUAUGUAGAUAAGCUUCUGGCACCGAAUCCAGUCUAUUGGAAUUUGAUAGGUAUUCCCGCCAUAAAAUAUGCUAGGACUAAUCCGUCAAAUGCAAGUCUUACUUGUGGGCAUGACUUAACGUUUGAAGAAUAUAUAAAAUAUGUGAUCUAUGCAUUGGGGACAAAUUCAACAGAUGGAAAACGCAAGAAAAACAGGAGGCGAGUUGGUAUUGCUCAUGACUUACAUUUUGCUACCUUGACAGAAGUUUCUAAACCUUGUCAUGUUAAAUACGAUUUUAUAGGGAAAAUUGAGACGUUCUCAUCCGAUUCUAUUGAGCUGGUACGUCAGAUGAAAUUAUUCAAAGCAGAACACAUUCUAACACAUAACGGAAGUGAGUUUGCAGCAGACGAUGCUAUACAAGACACGACAUACCAGCCUUUCGACAAAAAGUUUCGCGCACAUUUUUCAAAUUGUAUAAAUCUAAAUGAGGCUUUGAAACGAUCAUGGCACAAACUGAAAAUCCGCGGUCUUAUUGGUGAUCAGGACUUGAGUAGACUUAUAAACGAAGAUGAGGUAGGCAAACUGACUUAUUCAGAUUUUCUGAACAUUGCACGAAAGGCCAGGCGUGUAUCAACAAAGGAAAAUCGAAGGAAAUUGAAGAAAAUGUUUUUCAAUCAAUUUUACUCGUCUGUUCCCAUGAAACUGUUGCAGGAUUUAACUGUUGUGUAUAAGGAUGACUUUGAAUUGUUCCAUUAUAAUGUUAUAGAGGAUAUUAAAUGAGUGUAGAUUCAAUACUGAAUUUAUUGAACGAGUUGAACAACAUAAUAUUACUUUAUUCAACGAGUUCAAUAAAGUUAGUAAUUAAUGAAGCUAAACGAAUAUAAUAUUCUAUUUAUCACAUACCCAAAAUAAAGACGCGCCUAUAGUGUAACACUAACAUUUAUACACGCCUUUAAAGCUUCGUUUACAUAACGCAAAAGACGUGGGUAUGUGAUAAAUUCCAUUUUGUGAGUGAGAAGCAAAACUCAGUCAACAAAAGAGUGAUAAAGAUACUUAGUACUCGGUAAAAUCAAUGACAGAAACGUUCACAUGGUAAACUUUGACUGAACCUGCAUUAAGUCCGCUGCAUCAGCAUCGUGUUUGUAGUUCCUUCAAAAUUAUAAGUACUGCAAGGUUCUAGUGCCAGUGUCACUGGGAAUAAAUAUGCGUUAUACAACGAGCAAAAAAUUCAUAUACUGUAUAAAGUUGGCUGUACUUGACUGUAAUGUUUAUCGAAUAAAUAAGUUUGUCCACAGUAAAACGAUCAUUAUUUAAAAACAUUACAAUUUCCUGUGGACAUCUAGCACGUCUUUACACAGAAAAUCGACCGAUGCAAGAAGCAGUCGGCAGGUUGAUAUUUGGCAAGUAAUGGUUAAAGCAAAUACUUUUUGCCGGGCCAAGAGGUUUACUUAACAAUUCAGGCCAAGCGCCACUGGCUUGACACCGAAACUU